ACUCGAUGAGGAACUACGUUGUUCACCUGAACGAUAAAAUAGUCGCGUUCAAAAAUUGUCCCUUGGAUUGUGUCAAAGGAUGUCAGGCUGGAGCAAAACGAAUAAGUCUGACUACAUCCCCAGUGAAUCUCCCCGCCGAUAAAACAUGUACUAGAGCCCUCAGGUUCUCAAGUUCUCUAUUGGUUCCCCUACUCGAGGUUUGACUUCACCCCACAUGUAGCCUGACUCGUGGAACUUCUCGGCCUUUUACUUUUUAAAGGCAGCUUAGACAGACUUUCUCGGCAGAAUGCAAAAAGAAUAACAAUCAAUCUAGAACCUGGGCCUCCUCCAACCCAAUAGCCAAAGACCGCUGUUAUUCACGUUUAAAGUUUCAUCAUCACAAAUAUCACAAUCGCACCAUUCAUGGGACCCAGUAUGGCUCUAUAUAACAGAGCUCUCAGUUCCACGAACGCCGAAAGUCCCCCCCGGAUCCUGAUUCUCAUCAGUCCCUGUUAAACGACUGGCCGCCCUUCUUCACUCUUCUUUUUCUUGACAUAACAAUCAUGUCUCGACGUUCGACGACAACCGCGACAACUCCCAAUCAAGUUGAACGCAGCGCUGGCUCUCACUUCAAGGAACAGGACGACAUCGACUGCAUACAAGAGAUUCUAUCCAAAUUUUACUUGCAAGGCGCGUCCGAGUCGUCGGACUCGCUGGUGGCAUCAGAAGACGACGAAUGCUUGGAGGCCUCAGACAAUGAGCGUGGCAGCUCCCACAGUCAUUGCGGGAAGGGGGAAUUGGAGGCGGGCGAGCUUUACGAUCUGUACGGCGACGACGAAGAGGACGCUCGUUCGUCCUCGCAGGAAAGUGAAGAGUACGACGAUUACCCGCCGGAAAUUUCUCCCACCCGUGAGCUUCAAGGUUCUUUGCCUCCAAAGUUGCCAACGAAGGGGCAGGAAUGGCUCCAUUAUGAUGGGCGGUUGAAUUAUUCGUGUGACGCCACGUUCUCAAAGCCUAAACCUUCCAAGGAUAUCGACGUCAACAUUACUGUGGCAAUUGAAACCCCACUCUCAGAUUACACGGGAAGAUCGGGAAGCGGGGAAAUUGGAUGUGGGGUCGACGACAUGAGAGAUUAA